AUGGAAACGGUUCCCAACCUCAUUACUGCUGCCGCCAACGUUCUUGAAGUUUACAUUGUAAGAAUUCAGGAAGAGGCUUCUCCGUCCUUAGCUCACAAAGCUGCUGCCGAGCCCAAGGGUGGUGGAGCCGUCUUAGCUGGCAUUUCCGGUGCCUCACUUGAGCUCGUUUGCCAUUAUAGGUUGCAUGGUAAUGUGGAGUCAUUGGGGGUGUUACCAAAUGGAGCUACUGAUGGUGGAAAGAGGAGAGACUCUAUUAUAUUGACUUUUCGAGAUGCAAAAAUAUCAGUUUUGGAGUUUGAUGAAUCAAUAUAUGGGCUACGAACCAGUUCCAUGCAUUGUUUUGAGGGUUCUGAUUGGGUUCACUUGAGAAGAGGCAGAGAAUUUUUCCCAAGAGGCCCACUAGUGAAAGUUGAUCCAUUGGGGAGGUGUGCUGCGGUGCUUGCAUAUGGAUUACAAAUGAUAGUCCUCAAAGCAGCUGAGGCUAGCACUGGUUUAACUGCACCUGCAGAGGACAGUACUUUCAGGGCAGCUGCUGCAUCUCGAAUUGAAUCAUCGUAUAUUUGUGGCUUACAAGAUCUUGAUAUGAAGCAUGUUAAAGAUUUCAUCUUCAUCCAUGGUUAUAUUGAGCCUGUUGUGGUAAUUCUUCAUGAACAUGAGCUUACAUGGGCGGGUCGGGUUGCUUGGAAACAUCACACUUGUAUGGUUUCAGCACUCAGCGUCAAUACAACAUUAAAGCAGCAUCCGCUCAUAUGGUCAGCCAUGAAUCUCCCUCAUGAUGCAUACAAGCUUCUUGCAGUUCCUUCACCUAUUGGUGGAGUUCUUGUAAUUGGUGCGAAUACAAUUCAUUAUCAUAGCCAGUCUGCUUCAUGUCACUUGGGGUUGAACAAUUUUGCUGUUCCCGCAGAUGGAAGUCAAGAGAUGCCUAGGUCUGGAUUUACUACGGAGCUUGUUGCCGCCACUGCGACAUGGUUAACUAAUGAUGUUGCUGUGUUCUCCUCUAAAUCUGGGGAGCUGCUUUUGCUUACUCUUGUUUAUGAUGGGAGGUUGGCGAUUUAUUACUCUCACUUGGUUCUCCUAUUGGAGACAUACGGAAGUGCUGUAUUCAUUUUGUUUAACUAAGUCAACCCUUGCAUCUAAUUUUACAUAUUCUGUUUCUGACAUGGGUGUUUAGAAUAUUCUUUUGCUGACUUAUCUGGCUCAACAAUUUUAUCUUAUGAUCUGUUGGUAGAGCGUGUUACUGGGAAUAUCUGGAAAUUUCUUUAUGUUAUGUUUAUAGCUUUUCAAAUAUUGCCAGAUUAAACCUCUGCAGAUCUGGUUUGAAAGACUUCCUAGUGAUGUGUUAUCAUUUUGGUUGAGAGUAUGCAAAAAUGAGAUACUUAAGCUUCAAGUGUAGAAUAUGAUGUAUAAAUAUGCCUGGGCUAUGCAUUGUUGGCUUGCCUUUGAUUGUGUAAAAACUA